GGAUUAUUGAUCUAUACAAAUUCUCCUUCCCGUCAGCAAUAUAACAAUUCCACCUCUCCGUUUCUGCUGUAAUUUUCAAAGAGAGAUCCAUAUGGUGGUGGUUGUCAGGGCUACUCACAUUGUCCGGCCGGCGGAGCUGACGCCGGACGGGGUUAUGUACUUGAACUCUUGUGAUCAAAUCAAAGACAUAACCCACACCCCGACAAUUUACUUUUACAGGCAUUCCAACAAGUUGGAAGCUGUGAAUGUUGUCUCUGUACUGAAAGACUCCCUUGGCAAAGCCCUGUCGCUGUUUUACCCGCUCGCUGGCCGGCUGAACUGGGCGGCGGAGGGGGGAAGCAGGGUGGAGCUUCACUGCAAUGGAAAAGGGGUCCCGAUUUUUGAGGCCGAGUCCGAGGGGGCGGUGGAGGAUUUCGGUGAUUUUACCCCUAGUCCGGCGAUCCAGGCUCUGAUUCCGUCGGUGGAUUACACCACUCCGAUUGAUGAGAUUCCUUUGGUUAUAGUUCAGGUGACGCGUUUCAGGUGCGGCGGGCUUAGCAUUGGCCUGGGGAUAUCCCAUGUCAUGGCUGACGGGCCGAGUGCUCUCCAUUUCAUCGAUGAAUGGACGAAAUUUGCACGUGGCGUGGGGCCCGUCAUCCCUCCAUUUCUUGAUCGGAAGGCCCUGGAAACUGAAAAGCCUGUGCAUUGUAAAUUCGAUCCGUCAGUGCUACGUCCCCCACCUACGUUAAUAGGCCAGGAAGACAGCCUGGAACAGAGAAAAAAGCCAAUCUCCGUGGCCUUUCUCAGUCUUACCAAACUGCAAAUCGAGAAACUCCGGGCCAAGGCAAACCUGGAUUUCUACAAAGAAAACGGCAACGAAGGCAGCCGUGGGUACAGCAGAUUCGAGGCGGUUGCCGCACACAUCUGGCGGUGCACCAGCAAGGCCCGUGGCCACAUCGCCGAGCAGCAAACCAGCCUCCACUUCGUCGCUGAUUUCCGGAACAAAAUGAAACCAGCUCUGCCGAGAAACUACUUCGGGAACGCCCUGAUUCGAGUAGAAGCAACCGAUAAAUCAGGAAACCUGCUGACAAAUUCCAUGGGCAUGGCUUCCAGGAAAAUCCGUGAAGCUGUGGAGAAAGUCACCGAUGAUACAGUGCGAGCUUAUCUGGACUACCUCAAAGGCUUGCCGGACGUGGGCCGGUUUCGAUCCCUGGACAACAAUGGCAGGCCAAAGGGAGACUUCUAUGGAAAUCCAAACCUGGCAAUCAUAAGCUGGACGGCUUUGCCGCUCUACGGUACAGAUUUCGGGUGGGGAAAUGAAAUCCAUCUGGGGCCUGGACCGAUGGGAUUUGACGGGAAAACGUUCAUUAUUCCAGGGCGUGAAGGCGAUGGUUCGUUUAAGGUGGCAAUAUGGCUGCAGGAAGAGCAUAUGGAUGCUUUCAAGAAGUGCUUCUAUGACAUAUUUGAUAAGUAAUAUAACAUUUUCAUGAAGCAUGAAAUUCUCUGUAACUAAACUCAGGAAAUUGUGGUUCAAUCACCCGUUGUACUUUUAUAUUUCAUGUUACAAAAGUGCAUGAAAUGGAUUGUAUUUUAUAUAUGUAAUCCAGAUGCAUGUGCUCAUAACUUAAAACGUAAAUUAUAUUUUGACAUUCGAAUUAUUUCUA